CCCGAGCCUGUCCCUGAGGUGCCUGUGUGCCAGCCGGUGCCCGUGCUGGUGCCUGUGGCCACCCUGGACUCCCCCAUUGCUCAGCCUGAAGAGCUGCCCCUGCCCAAUGGGGUGGAGGGCACUGGCAAAGCGGAGCCAAGCGAGGAGCAGCCCGAGUCGGAUGUCAGCCCCAUCUCGGAGCCCGAGGAGCUGGCCCAGCCCAGCGCUCCUGCCUCUCCCCCAGCAGAGGAGGAGGAGGAGGAGGAGAGUGAAGGCCCCAGCGAGGCCCAGGAACGAAGCUCGAGCCCGGCCCCUGCCCCUUCACAGACCUCGGAGGCGACUGCACAAGUCGCCGUGUCGGUGCCAAAGAAGAAGCGAAGGAUGAAGGAGCUGAACAAGAAGGAGGCAGUAGGCGAUUUGCUGGAUGCCUUUAAAGAGUCUCAGAUCAGCGACAGUGCCUCGGAGGCGGAAAACAAGCCCCCCACGUCCACCCCUGCCCUCGAAGCAGAGGACGCAGCCCCCACUCAUCCACAGGAAGAGUCGGAGGAGACGUGGGAGGAGAAGGAGGACAAACUGGCCCCAGAGAAGGGCAAGGCUGCUGACCAGAAGUACCGCUACAAGGAAGAGCAAUGGAAGCCGCUGAACCCUGAGGAGAAGAAGCGAUACGACCGGGAGUUCCUGCUGGGCUUCCAGUUCAUCUUUGCCAGCAUGCAGAAACCCGAGGGGCUGCCCCAGAUCACGGACGUGGUGCUGGACAAGCCCUGUGUACCUUCACAGGCCAACAAGACCCCACUGCGAGCGCUGGACCCCAUCCGCCUCAGUGGCAUGAACUGCAGCCCUGACUUCACCCCCUCCUUCGCCAACCUCGGCCGGCCUGUCAUGGGCAACCGGGGCCUGCCCUCAGGGUUGGGUCCCCGCCGCUCUCAGCAGAACCAGAGGAAGGAACCUCGCAAAAUCAUUGCCACUGUGACCCUCAAUGAGGAUGUCAAGCUGAACAAGGCUGAGAAGGCCUGGAAACCCAGCAGCAAGCGUGCCUCUGAGGAGGAGGAUCCGGAGAACAUCAAGACACAGGAACUGCUCCGCCGUGUCCGCAGCAUCCUCAACAAGCUGACACCCCAGAUGUUCCAGCAGCUGAUGAAGCAGGUGAUGGAGUUGUCCAUCGACACGGAGGAGCGGCUCAAGGGUGUCAUUGACCUCGUCUUCGAGAAGGCCAUCUCGGAGCCAAACUUCUCUGUUGCCUAUGCUAACAUGUGCCGUUGCCUUAUGGGGCUCAAAGUGCCCACGACAGACAAGCCCACGGUGACUGUGAACUUCCGCAAGCUGCUGCUCAACCGCUGCCAGAAGGAGUUUGAGAAGGAUAAGGAUGACGAUGAGAUCUUCGAGAAGCGGCAGAAGGAGAUGGACGAUGCCAGUGCUCCUGAGGAAAAGGCACGCAUGAAGGAUGAGCUGGAGGAGGCACGGGACAAGGCCCGACGACGGUCCCUGGGAAACAUCAAGUUCAUCGGAGAGCUCUUCAAACUGAAGAUGUUGACAGAGGCCAUCAUGCAUGACUGUGUGGUGAAGCUGCUCAAAAACCACGAUGAGGAGUCUCUUGAGUGCCUUUGCCGCCUGCUUACCACCAUUGGCAAGGACUUGGACUUUGAGAAGGCCAAGCCCAGGAUGGACCAGUACUUCAAUCAAAUGGAGAAGAUCAUCAAAGAGAAGAAGACAUCAUCCCGAAUCCGAUUCAUGCUGCAGGAUGUGAUUGACCUCAGACGGAAUAGCUGGGUGCCGCGGCGAGGAGACCAGGGCCCCAAAACCAUCGACCAGAUCCACAAGGAAGCAGAGAUGGAGGAGCAUCGGGAACACAUCAAAGUGCAGCAGCUCAUGUCCAAGGACAAGAGGAGAGGACCCCCAGGGCCAUCUGCCAGCAGUGGCCGUGGGAGCCUGGUCGCAGAUGACGGCUGGAACACGGUCCCCAUCAGCAAGGGCAAUCGGCCCAUCGACACCAGCCGGCUAACAAAGAUCACCAAACCUGGAUCCAUCGACACCAACAACCAACUCUUUGCGCCGGGCGGGCGGCUGAGCUGGGGCAAAGGCAGCAGCGGAGGCUCUGGCGCGAAGCCUGCAGAUCCGGCAUCUGAUUCAGGGCGACCAGCCACAAGCACCUUGAACCGCUUCUCAGCGCUCCAGCAGUCAACCCCUGCCGAGAGCCCCGAGUCUCGCCGUGUGGUGCAGAGGAGCAGCUCCAGCCGCGACAGGUCGGAGAAGGCUGGGGACAAAGGGGACCGGGAGUCGCGUUCGGAGAAGGGCAGCGACCGCCUGGAGCGUCCUGACCGGGGGGAGCGGGCAGACAGGAACAGGUCUGCCCUCACCAAGAGGAGCUUCAGCAAAGAGACAGAGGACAGGAGCCGAGAACGGGAAAAGCAGGGUGGCCCCGAGGCCGUACGCAAGGCUGCUAGCCUGACGGAGGAACGGGACCGGAGCCGAGAGACCCUUAAGCAAGAGCCAGCACCUCCUGCAGCAUCUGCCAAGCCUGUGCUGUCGGAAGAGGAGCUGGAGAAGAAAUCCAAGGCGAUCAUAGAGGAAUACCUGCACAUCAAUGACAUGAAGGAGGCCCUGCAGUGUGUGCAGGAGCUGGGCAGCCCCUCCUCGCUCUACAUCUUCGUGCAGAACGGCAUUGAGUCCACGCUGGAGAGGAGCACCAUCUCCCGGGAGCACAUGGGUGUCCUGCUGUGUCAGCUGGUGAAAGCAGGCACGCUCUCCAAGGAGCAGUACUACAAAGGGCUGCAGGUGAUCCUGGAGAUUGCGGAGGACAUGGAGAUUGACAUCCCUCACAUCUGGCUGUACCUGGCCGAGCUCAUCACUCCCAUCCUGCAAGAGGAAGGCAUCCCCAUGGAGGAGCUAUUCAGGGAGAUAACAAAGCCCCUGGUGCCCAUUGGGAAGGCCCCCACGCUGCUGGUUGAGGUGCUGGGCUUGUUGUGCAAGGGCAUGAGCCAGAAGACUGCAGGCAAGCUGUGGCGGGACGGGGGCCUGAGCUGGAAGGAAUUCCUGCCCGAAGACCAAGAUGUCAACAAAUUUGUCACGGAGCAGAAAUUGGAGUAUACGAUGGGAGACAGCUCGGACACACCAAGCCGCAAGGAGCUGACCUCAGAGGAGCUGUGCAAGCAAAUGGACAAACUGCUGAAGGAGAACCCAAACAACCAAAGAAUAUACGACUGGAUCGAGGCCAACUUGAGUGAGCAGCAGGUCUCGUCCAACACAUUUAUCAGGACCCUGAUGACAUCCGUGUGCCACUCGGCCAUCGUCUGUGAGUACCACAGUGAGAUGGGGGUGUCCCCUUGCCCACACUACCUCCUUUCUCACACCCCAUCUCCAACAGUCGAGAACCCCUACCGUGUGGACGCUCUGGUGAUCCGCAACCAAGCCAAGCUGCUGCAGAAGUACCUGCAGGACGAACAGAAGGAGCUCCAGGCCCUCUACGCCCUGCAGGCCUUGGUGGUGAAGUUGGACCAGCCUCCCAACCUGCUCCGGAUGUUCUUUGACGCCCUGUACGAUGAGGAUGUCAUCAAGGAGGAGGCUUUCUACAAGUGGGAGUCCAGCAAGGACCCGGCCGAGCAGCAGGGCAAAGGGGUGGCUCUCAAAUCGGUGACGGCCUUUUUCACCUGGCUCCGGGAAGCUGAGGAUGAGUCGGACAACAACUGA